AGAACCGAGCUGCACAGGCCAUUUCUAAAGCUACAUGAAUGUCGAUUUUUUUUUAAAACCUUGUUCGCAAUAUGUUUAUUAUAUCUUGCACUUGAACAACAUUCCUGAUGAUAUCGCUGUACUUUACAUUAAAAAAAAAUCACUUGUCAGGCGAACGACGUGCUAAGCUCGUCGUGGAGGAUAAUGUUUAGAGACACGUGAAUUUCGCGGAUUCAUUUCGUGUUAUGCUAAAAUUCAAAUAAUUAUACCUUAGUGCUGCUUCUGUCAUUGGUUCUCUGUUAAUCUGGAGGACUGAGGGGCCAAUUAGAGACCCUCAUAGAAAUGUCGAAUCACAGGCCACCCAAGUCGAGACGACUCACAAGUCAGCAGCCAAUGAACAGUUGGCAUUUGCCCGAGUGUGUAGAGGAUAUUGGAGUCUAUCCUGGAGGUCUCUAAUAAUGUUUCCAGUUCCCCCCCCUCCCCCUCUAAGCGCAAGAAUCUCGCCUGUCUUGGUGGUCUCUGACGUUCAGUCGGCCGAUACCGGCUGCAAGCAAGAAACAGUCUGCUUGCAGAGUGCCCAGCUGGGUUCUCGACAUCCAGGCAGAUGGCAACCAGGAGCCCAGCUGAGCCCUCUGGCACGUACACUUAAGAGUGGGGGUGGCAGUCUGACCAAUCACAGUUCACAGCAUUGGCGUAGCGGUGUUGAUAUAGUUGGGGGGGACAAAUAAUGAUUUGGAUGUCAUGUAAACCCCAUUCCCCUCUUACUAAGACGGGGGGUCCGGGGGUCCUCCACCGGAAAAUUUUGAUUUUAAAAGUGCAAAAUAGCACUUUUUAAGCAGUUUUUGUAUCUAACCAUUGGAUACAUCGAUGUUAAAAUUAUUAUUGUUUCCUUAAGAUAAAAUUUGAUGCGUGAAGAAAUUACAAAUAAAGUUGGGCAGAAUAAUAUUAUAAAAUAAAAAUAUCACGGUCUAGAAAGUUGGGGGGACAGUCCCCUCCACCCAAAAAGUUCAGGGGGACACGUCCCCCCUGUCCCCCCCCGGUUCCUACGCCCCUGGUUCACAGCUGCCAUAUGUGAGUUAUAACCCUAUGAGGAAUACGUUUCAUCAUUAUGACAAACAGGUUAAAACUGAUUUUAAAUUUUAAUUAACUUUGGUGAGCCCUAAUCUUCAUGAAAUAAAUUAUGGCUGUAUACUUUCAAAAGUGUAUAAAAAAAUUAAUACAUUUUUUUUUAGCAUUAGCAAAACUUUUUAUGUGUUUUAAUCAGUAGAAUUGACAUUGGAAAGGAACAAUCAAUGUAAACAGUUUUGUUUAGUUCAAGUUUGAAGGCUGCCUGUGGCUUUAUUUAUUCUUUGGUGAUAGUUAUGAAAUUGCAAACAACAAAAGAGAAAUAUUUUUUGGCACUACAUGAAUAGUAUCAAUAAUUUUCUUUAAUGUCUUAAUUUCAUAGUGCUAGGUUUUUUUUAUUGUUACAGCACACAAGUUUUGUUCUAUAAACGUAAGCUGAGUCGCAGACAUGGACUUGCUUUACAAAACGCUCGAUGAAAGCUUGAAGGAGAUUGAAGCCAACGACGACAGCUCGACCGAGACGGAUGUGAUAGCCGGAGCAGAAAGUAACGGGGAAAGCUUGGGGGAGUUGGUGAAACUGGAAACUCUGAUAAAACAGCUCAUUUUGGAGCCGGUGUUUGACGUUGUGCUCCCUGACGUGCAAAAUCCUCGCCUAUUACAUCCUGAUACUAGUUUUAUCGAUCCAACUUUUAUAGAAAUUCAUGAAGAAAUAGAUGACUACAAGCUCCCAGAACUAUCACAAGAUGUUUACAAAGACUUUUCAUUUAAAAGUUUUAUAGAUGUGCCGGAGGAGCCUGAUCGACUGAAAGUGGGAAGUUACCUGGAAAUGUGUAGGAUGCUCGACACUCCGCCCAUCUCGAAGGUCAUCAACUCCCUCGAGAAGGAAACCAUGAACCUGAACCACCACCGCGUGGACACAAACGCGAUGAGAGCGAUAAUGGAAGUGCUCAGCUCGAAUCCGUCCGUCAAGCGGCUGGAUCUGAGCCACGUCGUGCUGGAGCCGAGAGCCGCGUACUUCCUGGGCGAGAUCCUGCUGUCGAACAACAACAUAGAGGAGCUGAAUCUCUCGUGGAGCAGGCUUGGCCCGGAAGGACUUGAGCAGUUGAAGACGGGUUUGAUUGAAUCCUGCGUCGGCAAGUUGGAUCUGAGCCACAAUUCUAUCGGGGACGAAGGAGUUCAGCAUCUGGCGGAUUAUUUGUAUGAAGAAAGUUACCUGAGAAGCCUGAUCUUGAAACACAAUGUAAUGAUGAAUGCGGGUCUGGGCGAGGCGUCGGCGAAGCUGCUCGCCGAGUCGCUGAGCGACUCUCGCCUGGAGGAGCUGGACCUGUCCUGGAACAACCUGUCCCGGGGCGAGGGCGCCCAGGCGCUGCUGGGCAGCCUCGCGGGGAACGGCCGCCUGUCGUCCCUCGACCUGUCGUGGACCGGCCUCGGCGGGGAGGCGGCGGGACUCGCGCUCCAGAACAUGCUCCAGAGCAAUAAGGUCAUGAGGCACCUGGACCUCAGCAACAACGUGCUGUCCUCGGAAGAAGCGAAGAUGAUGGGCGACGGUUUGGGCGGUAACGCCACGCUGGAGACCCUGAACGUUGGGCACAACCGCUUCACCCUCGCCGACUGCAAGACGCUGCUGAAGGCAGUUCCCGCGUCGGCCGUGCGGACGCUCGACCUGGGCAGCACGUGGGUCGACAAGGAGUUCCUGCAGAUGUUGGACAAAGUGUGGGAGGACCGGCAGGUCACUGUCAGGUUCGGCAAGGUCGCCGGAGACUACGUCAUCCACGGCCCAGACCUCAAGAGACUGCACCUGGUCAGUGCAAAGUUCGAAGCUCAGGCUCCCAAGGCUGUUAGAAAAAGACGAGAUUUUGGGCAAUUUUUAUUCCACUUAGGAGAUAGUCCUAUGCCGAAAGAAAACUUUGUUAAAAUGGUGAAAAAGGAAAAAAUUAAACUGGAUUCGAGCCUCGUACAGGCACUUGCGACAGUUUUCGCAGACGAGUCAGGUGUCAACGUUGAAGUCUUGGCAAUGAGAGAACUCUACCUGCAAAUGUACCCGGAGACAAUGCCACCUGCACCAAAAAAGCGUGCAAAGAAAAAGAAGGGCGCAAAGAAGAAGAAGAAGAAAACUGCAGGGGAUGCAUCCGAAAAGAAGGCACCCAAAAAGAAGAAGAAAUGAAGCAAAUGAUUGAGAAGGGCAUUAAAAUCAAAUAAGUGAUUUCAGAAGCAUCGAAAUAUGCAGUUGCCAUAAGAACUUUUGGAACUUAGUCAAAACAAGUAAAUUUGUUUCUUGAAAGAUUCUUGCCACUGCCAGUGGGGUAAGUUGUUAAGUUCCUUGCCAUCUUGAAUUUUUAUAUUGUUUGUUACAUUUUCAAUUUUAAGUUACGUAUUAAAAUUUUGUGUCAUGACAA